AUGCCAGAUGAUUUAUGUGUCCAUCUUCCCAAACUUGAAGUGCUUUACUUGUUCAUGAAUGAAUUAUCUAGUUAUAUUCCAUCAAGUGAAAUUCCUAAGGAAAUUGGUAAUCUUUUUAGUUUAGAGAUAUUAAGUGCAACAAAUAUGGGUCUUAGUGGUCAGAUUCCAACUUCCAUCUUCAACAUUUCUUCUUUGACCGCUGUUGAUCUACGAAAUAAUAAUUUAUCAGAACCUGCUACUCACAAGUGGAGCUUUCUCUCUUCUUUGGUAAAUUGCAUGAAUUUGAGAUUUAUAGAUGUUUCACAAAAUCCAUUGAAUGGCAUUCUUCCAACUUACAUUGGGAAUCUUUCUAGAAGUCUUCAACAACUUUUAGCUUCUGAUUGUGAGCUUCAAGAUUUAUCUAAUAACAAAUUUCAUGGUCAUAUUCCUGAAUCAUUUGGUGGCUUGAUUAGUUUGGAAUUCUUGGAUUUAUGCAAUAAUAAUAUCUCUGGAGUUAUUCCCAAGUCUUUGGAGAAACUUUUGAAUCUAAAAUAUUUUAACGUGUCUUACAAUAGAUUGGAAGGAGAAAUCCCCAUUGAAGGACAAUUUCGAAACUUUUCUAGCAAGUCAUUCAUGAAAAAUUAUGCACUUUGUGGUCCACCUAUAUUGCAAGUCCCACCUUGCAAGAGUAGCUUCCACAAAAAUUCCAAGUUGAUUAUGCUGCGUGUUUUAAGGUGUGCUUUGCCAACAAUUGCUAUUGUUGUAGUAAUCAUAACUUUUACUAUUAUGUACAGGAAAUGCAAAAGCAGGAGUAUAACUCUACCAGUUAAGGAAGAUUUGUUAUCUUUGAAAACACGGAGAAGAAUUUUAUAUGAUGAACUUUCACAAGCAACUGAAGGAUUUGGAGAAUGCAACUUUCUUGGUUCAGGGAGUUUUGGAUCUGUAUAUAAAGGGAGGCUUUCAGAUGGGAUGAAUGUUGCAAUAAAAGUUUUCAAUUUGCAGAUAGAGGGAGCAUUUAGGAGUUUCGACACUGAAUGUGAAGCUUUGCGUAAUAUAGUCCAUCGCAAUCUUGUCAAGGUCAUUACUUGCUGCUCUAAUGUGGACUUCAAAGCCUUGGUGCUUGAUUUCAUGCCUAAUGGAAGUCUUGAGAAAUGGUUACAUUCUGAAAGCCAUUUUCUUGAUAUCUUACAAAGGAUCAAUAUAAUGAUAGAUGUUGCAUCAGCUCUAGAAUACCUCCAUGCUGGUCAACCAAUUCCUGUAAUCCAUUGCGACCUAAAGCCAGGUAAUAUUCUACUAGAUGAAGACAUGGUUGCGCAUUUGGGAGAUUUUGGCAUUGCCAAACUAUUGGAAGAAGAUGAUUUCAUGAGACAAACCAUGACACUUGCAACUAUUGGAUAUAUGGCACCAGAAUAUGGAUCGGCAGGAAUUGUUUCGGUAAAAUGUGACAUAUAUAGUUACGGGAUUCUUUUAAUAGAAACCUUCACAAAAAAGAAGCCAACAGAUGAAAUUUUUAGUGAAGCAUUGACUAUGAGGCACUGGAUGAAAAUGUCAAUAUCUAAAGGAAUGAUUGAUAUUGCGGAUGCCAAUUUAUUAAGAAGAGAUGAUGAAUAUUUUAUUAUUAAAGCAAAUUGCAUAUCAUCCAUCAUGGAAUUAGCUUUGAAAUGUUCGGCUGAGUUACCGGAGGAUAGAAACAAUAUUGUGGAUGUUGUGACUUUGCUCAAAAAAAUCAAACAGAAGUUUCUAAUCAGCAUUGAGCAGGUUCUCUCUUCUACAUUCAUUGUUCUUUGCAAUUCAAAGUUUCGUUGCAAACGAAGACAGAGACUUGGAAAAAAGAACCGUGCAGCCGGGUAUCCAGUGAAUUCCAAUUUAUGUUAG